AUCCAUUCGUGGCCAGGAUUAGAAUAGGAUGCUUUUCCUCUCCUCAAAGGGUAGGCUUCUGAAUGACCAUGGCUUCUUCGAUCACUCUUCAAGGUUCUCUGUUUAGAUCCCAAUUCUUUGGCCAAAAUAGCCUCUCCAAUGGCCCUCGCAGGCCAUACCCUUUGAUUCCCAAGGAGUCGAGAUUUAAGCUAAAGCCAUGUGCCAAAUUCGACCUGUUGGAGAUGCUGGGAGGCAGAGGACUCUGCAAUGGGGAAAAAGGUAUCCAACAAGAGCUAAAGAGAGACGUUGAAUCAUCACCAGCCCCUGCUAAAGGGGAAAAUUCAGGCACCUUGGAAGCACCAACGACUGGUAGUGUCCCAGAAGAUGCUUUUGAAAAGGAGCUAAUGGGGUUAACAGGGGGAUUUCCUGGUGGAGAAAAAGGAUUGAAAAAGUUCAUAGAAGAAAACCCACCUCCUAAAAAACAGUCUGCUGCGGAUUCAGGAGAUAUACAGGGGCUUACUGCUACAAAGAAGCCAGAACCACCUGAAUUACCGCUACUGAUGCCUGGAAUGAUUGCCAUUGUGAAUAACCCAAACAACCCAUACUACAAGUACUGUGGUAUUGUUCAGCGAAUCACUGAUGGGAAGGCAGCAGUUCUUUUUGAAGGAGGAAACUGGGAUCGGCUAAUAACUUUCCGGCUUGAAGAGCUUCAACGCAGGGAAAAGGGCCCUCCCGGGAUAAAUCCCAGGUCUGUCAUAAUCGAAGAGAUAAUUGAGAAAUCUCAAUAAUCUACCUGUUUAUAUUUUCUCUUGCAUCUAUGUUUUGCUCAUAUGGCUUCUGCAUUUUUCUGUAAGUUCCAGCUUAGAAUGAAAUAAAUUCUAUUUCUGAUUAAAAAAUAAAUUCUAUUUGUAAUGAUCAAACAACAUUAAGCAUCAAAGAAAUAUAAAUGCCCAACGUAAGUUAAUUUCUCAUUA